AACCACAUUCAUAUCUCACGAAAAAAAAAAAAAAAAAAUCAAAAGAAUCAAUGGCUUCAAUCCCAUGUAUUUUCCAAAUACCCUUUACUGCAAAACCCAUAAAUCCUUCAUUUCCUUCUUUGCCAACAUUCAGUUCUAAGUUUCUGGGUACUCAAAACUCACUAUCCUGUUUAAGUCCUUCAAAUAUUGGACCCUCUAAUGGUUCAAGAACUCAAUGCUGGUUCAAGUUUGGCAAGAAUGGUGUUGAUGCUGAAGGUGCUGGCAUUUAUGGUAGUCAAAAAAGAGAUGAUUUUGACAAAGAUGAUGUUGAACAGAAAAAUGGAAAAAUUGCCAACAGUAAACAUCAUGUUGUAGCACCCAAGUGCGUUCUUUAUGUUGGCGCAGGACAAGCUAGACCUUCCCUGGCAAUACGUAUUCCUAAUACUAUGAGAUAUUACUUCAACUACAUGGGGAUGCUUGCUGUUGAAGGGUCCUAUGAUAAAAUGGAAGCUCUAUUGAACCAAAACAUUCACCCAGUAGACAUCUUGUUAAUGCUGGCUGCAUCAGAAGGUGACCGGCCCAAAAUUGAAGAGCUAUUGAGAGCUGGAGCUGUUUAUGAUGUCAAAGAUGCUGAUGGCCGUACCGCCGUUGAUAGGGCUGUCAAUGAAGAAAUCAAAGACUUCAUUCUUGGUUUUUCUGUCCAGAAGGCUUGAUCUUGAUUAGGGUGUAGAUAAAAACAGGGUAUUUGUGCUUGUAAGUUACUCGGGUUUGAUUUGGAAAAAAACUUGAAUUCGAUUUGAUUAUCAUCAAGCUUGAAUAGUUCAAGCGAUCAGAUGAGUUGAGUUCAAGUAUCCUAAUGUUUGAUGACUUGAGUUGCUUGUAUUAAGUUUUUUUUACCUUUAAUAUAAAUUUUUUUAUUUCUAGUUA